CGAUAAACCGGAUGUACAUUUGUCAACAGGGUAAUUUUAGGUUGGCAUCCUAUCUGUCAAACGGCCAUUUUGUGCUUUCCGCAAAAGAUAAAGCUUUUUCCCUAAACGCAAACAAAAUAUUAACAAAACUUUCAAUUCACAGUUAAUUAAUUAAUUAUACUUUGUAAUUGUAACAGUUCUUAUUAUCGAGUACAAUGUCUGAUUCGGGAGACCAAGAUGAAGGGUUUAUUGUCAAAUUGAGGGGACUUCCAUGGUCUGCAACACAAGAAGAAAUAGUUGGAUUUUUUAAAGAGUCCAAGGUGGUUGGUGGUAAGGAUGGAGUACACAUGACUUCUUCCAGAGAAGGCCGUCCAAGUGGUGAAGCCUUUGUGGAAUUUGAAGAUGAGGAAGAUUUAAAUUUUGCCUUGGAAAAAGACCGAGAACAUAUAGGAAACAGAUAUAUUGAAGUAUUUAAAGUAAAAAAAGCUGAAAUGGAUUGGGUUGUGAAAAGAAAUGGUCCAAGCAAUGGUACAAAUGAUGAUGGAUGUGUUCGAUUAAGAGGCCUACCUUUUGGAUGCUCAAAAGAAGAAAUUGCACAAUUUUUUACUGGGUUGGAGAUAGUACCCAACGGAAUAACUCUUCUGACAGACUACUCGGGGCGAAGUUCUGGGGAGGCUUAUGUUCAGUUUGUAAACAGAGAAGUGGCAGAGAAAGCUCUGCAGAAACACCGGGAAAAAAUUGGACACAGAUAUAUCGAGAUAUUCCGAAGCAGUCUCAGCGAGAUAAACGGGGUGGGCAGCGGAGGCGGUUUCGGCGGCAACAGACGCUCGAGCGGCGGUUCGUUUAACUCUCGCCCUAGUCCGUACGAUCGCGGCGACCGUUACGGCGGCGGGGGCGGCGGCGGACGGGGCUUUCAGUCGAGAGGAUCACGCAGCUUCAAGGGAUCCAACUUUUCUGAUUACAACAACUAUGACAGACAAGGUCCAUGGAUGGGAAACGGAAACGACAUGAGAGGAGGAGGAGGUAGUGGAGGACGAAGUCCAUAUGACGUGGACACGUGGGGCGAUCGCGGAUCCAGUGCAAUGCAUUGCGUUCAUAUGAGAGGGUUACCUUUCAAAGCUUCGCAAGGAGAUAUUGCCGACUUUUUCAGACCCAUCGUUCCGAUAUCAGUGCGACUUUUACAAGAUCACACCGGAAGGGCAUCCGGCGAGGCUGAUGUAGAAUUUGCGUCGCACGACGACGCUCUGCGGGCGAUGAGCAAAGAUAAAGGCAACAUGCAACAUCGAUACAUCGAGUUGUUCCUCAACUCGGCGGGCAUGGGUAACGGCGGCGGCGGUGGGGGCGGUAGUGGCGGUUCCAACCACGGUGCGGGUAGGAGACGCAUGUAAACGUCGAACAGCGAGUCGAUUCAUUCAUUUAUCCGUCUUUAACAGUCUGUUCCCAAACCGCCAUAACUUUAGAUUUAAUACAAAUAUAAUAUACAUUUAAUGUAUUAAUUCAUACUUUUGCCACUUAAAUUUAGCUGUCCGUUUGGUAGAAUAGAAGCUAGGUGCCUCAUUAUAAAUUAGUGCUUUACGAAAUUAUCUAUUUUUAAAAAAGAUUAUUUUAUUAAACAGACUGUUUUAAUAAACAUUGAAAAUACGACUCGAUGUAAAUUACUUAAUGCUUUUUAAAUAUUUAAGGUAUAUUUCUUCAUUAAAUUGUUUAAUUAUUUUAAGUUUUUGUACUGUAGAUGUAAUAUCUUCAUAAAUGCAAGAAGACUCUGAGCAUAUUUUAGUUUUU